UACGAAAUGAACCCCCACGCCUUAUCCCGAUGUCUCGAUAAGAUGAAUACUCAAUAGAGUUCAGCUCGAGGUCUUGGAAGGCGCAGAAAUGGCGAUAUCGCUUGGAGCCGUCUCCACCGCUUCCCCUAUCGUAUCCCUCUCCCUCCUCACCGGCCGGAGCGGAAUCGGCCGGAGAUCUCUGAGCCUCUCGAAGCCCCCGGUGACGCGUUCUUCUCCCUUGCUUCACACCUCUUUCCUCUCCCCACCUUUGGCAUCUCUCCCCUUCCCUUCUUCUUUCUCUGGUUUGUCUUUGGGGAUUGACUUGGGUUCGACUAAAGUGGUAAGAGAAAGGUACCAUGGUCUCCAGGUUAGGGCAGGUAAGGCUGGUCUUUCCCUGACUAAAAGGUCAAGAUCUCGAAAAUCACUUGCUAGGACGCAUGGCUUCCGCAGACGAAUGAGAACCACCGGAGGAAGAGCUGUUUUGAAGCGGAGACGUGCCAAGGGAAGGAAAGUUCUCUGCACAAAGUCGAAUCCAAACAGUGGAACACGGGCCUGAUAUUAAAUCAGCCUUCUGCUUAAUCGAGUUAAGGUUAUUCCCUGUCUAGGUUCCAUUUCAAGAUUUCUGAAGGUUAGAAGAUCUUGUUCUUCAAACAACUUGUUCUGAUUUACUCAUUUUUCUUAUUGUUUAUAUGAUCCGCUCUUCUUGAAUAUGUUUUAAGUAUGCAGUGAGUUCAGCUUACAGUCUUAAUGGGCAUCCUUAAUUUGUCUUGCA